UAUUUUUGUGGAGUGAUUUUAAGUUAAUUGUUUAUCCUCGGAAUUAUUUUUCCGCGUGUUGAUUAUUCUUGUGAAAAACUUUUUUUUGCAUUGGAGGUAAAAAAUUGUUCCUUUUUACUUCUUCUCUGCAUCUGGGUCCUUUUCUUACUCCGAGUCGUAACAAUGUUUGAAACACCUUUCAUCAGUACCUCUCUUAGCUCUUUAUCCAUCAUCGCACACACUCAUGCACGCCCAGGCAAAAACACAGACAGAGAAAUGCAGAGCAGCUGUAGCUAAAUUUAGCUUCCAUCAGGUCAGGGUGCAAUGAUAACAUCCACACGGGACAAUCUGACUUUGUGUGGUGGCGAAGAAAGUGUCAGAAAAAGGCACAAUGUUUCUUUUUGCUGAGUUCGAGUGCAAGUCUUCAGAGAAAAUAACCCAAACCCACUCUUAUGUGGGUACAAGCACUUUUCUCUGCAGUCGUGCAUCUAUUAAGAAACUGUGAAUAAUAGCCUGUGCGUGUGCAAUAAAACACGAGGGUGUGCACGCUGGUGAGUAUUGCACAGUAGCACACAAACACUCAGUAGCAGGUCAUCAAUCAGGUGGUAAACAUGCUGCAACCCGAUGAAGUGACUUUAUCUCUGCACCAAAAAUAAGCACACGAGCUUAGCAUCCCGAUCCUUGUGACACAUGUCUUGUCAGAAAAAACAACGUUGUGUUUGAUGUUUGAUUGAUCCAGUUUUGUCAGUGUUUCUUUUCCGGUUGCCAUGGUGAUGAGGGCUCAGAUAGGUGCCUUGGCGACGGUGCCCUUGGACUCAGACGGGCAGCUGUAUUUACCAAUGAGUUCAUCUACUGGGAUAGACACUAAACCCUGCCAAGGUGUGUGUGUGUGUGUGAUACUCCCACCCGAGCACAGACCAAAAGGGCAGCUGACAAAAACCAAAGAGCACAUUUAGAGCAUCAGGACAAACAAGACUGGAACUCCUCGCUGUGUUUGUCAGGACUUGGUGUGGUUAACCUCGCCACCCCCCAUUUGGCAUGUGUGCUGCAGCCAACAGGAGCGUUCCGUAGCUGCUCCUGGUUGUCGUUCUUGCAUCUUCGGGAUGGACGGCUACUCCCUCCUCUACAGCUCGACCCACAGAACCGAGAUGCUGGGGCGCUUCCAGCGGCUGCGCUCGGACGGGAAGAUGUGCGACGUGGUGCUCGAAACCGACGGCGCCUCCUUCCCCUGCCACCGGGCUCUCCUGGCGAGCUCCAGCGAUUAUUUCUGGGCGCUCUUCGGUGAGGCCACGGCGGAGAGACUGGCGCGGUCUAUAAGGCUCCCGGCGCUGACGCCCAAAGGUUUAGACGCCAUUUUGGACUUCCUGUACUCGGGCUGGCUCAGGGUGUCACCCGCCACGCUCCCCGACAUUCUGGAGGCGGCGAGGUACCUGCAAGUGGAGACGGCCGUGGCCAUUUGCGAGCGCUACAUCACCGAUGGGCUCAGCGUCGAGAACUGUUGCAGCUAUGCUAACCUAGCUGAGCACCACGCGCUUCCUGAUGUGCUGGAUGACGCCAAUUACACCAUCGCCGCAGAGAUGGCCAAACUGAUGCAGGAAAGAAGAGACGAACUUCUCGGAUUGAACGUCCAAUCGUUGAUGGCGGUGCUGGAUGCCGAUGAAAUCCCUGCAGUCAAGGAAGUGGACCUGGUCAGACUGGCUCUGGAUUGGCUGAAUGACAACGGGCCCCUCCCACCGCUGCAAUCCAACCUCCUGCUAAGUCGUCUCCGCUUCGGAUUGGUGGCUCCUUCUGACCUUGCACACCUUUGCCGCGCCCACAGAGCCAUGGCCACACCUUUGAUAAGAAGCCAGGUGACCCGGGCGCAGGAGUACCACGGAACAGGCUCAGCCGGGCCGAUACGACAGAACAAACAGUCCACACUGAGGGCGAAGCCUGAUCGCGUGCUGCUUGUCGGCGGCGGACCUGGCCCGGAUCGACCGGAGCAACAGGUUCUGACCUUCAAUCUAAAAACCAGGAAGUUUACGUCCCUGACUUCCUGUCUACCACUAAAGCUGAGGAACCACUGCGUGUGUUCCCUGGGGGGCUUCCUCUUCGUGCUCGGCGGGGAAGUGGUCAGCGAGGCGGAUGAGAAGCCGGUCACCGUGGAAACGUCUAAUCAAGUGUGGAGGUACGACCCCCGCUUCGAAUGCUGGCAGAAAGUGGAGCCCAUGCUGCAGAGGCGGGCCAAGUUCGCCUGCUGCGCCAGGGAGGACGCCAUUUAUGCCAUGGGAGGACAAAACGCGGAUUCCAACGUCACGGCCGCGCUGGCCUCUGUCGAGUUCUAUGACAUGGCAGCGGGGGCGUGGAGGAGAUGCGCGCCCAUGCCCGGCCCGCUCCACGGCCAUGCUUGUGCCGUGCUGGACCACGACAUCUACGUGUCAGGUGGUCUCUCAGGCAACGGCAUCAUGAUCCCGGGCCAGAGCCAAAGCAGCAAGGAGGUUCUAUGCUGGGACGGCAUGGGAGGAACCUGGAAGAAGAGGGCUCCCAUGUCCAUUGGCAGGUUCAGCCACCGCCUGGCGACCGCCCAAGGUUACAUCUACGCCCUUCUGGGGAUGUACGAGCCCUUCUGUGAGAUCGAGCGCUACGACCCGCGAGAGGACCACUGGACGCGCCUCAGGCCGCUACUUGCCGCGACCUUCAACUACGGGAUGGCGGCGACGCCAAGCGGGAGCCUGGUGGUGUUCGGUGGGACGAAAUGGAGCAACGCGCGGGAGGUAGCGGUAAAGAACGUGCUGGAGUACGACCCCAAGAAUGACCAGUGGAGGGAAAUUGCUCAGCUGCCAAGACCCCUCACGGGAACGGAGUGCACCAUACUGCCGAUGCCCGACUAAAAUGCACAAUGUCCAAAUUCGGAUCAAAUUCUGCAGACUGCAUUUAAUGGCAAUUUGGUCAACGACACAACUAUUUGGUUUUAGCUCGUCGAGCUACGCUAAUUAUGCCACAGUUCUAACGUUUAGGACACAGAUCUGAAACUCAGUAAUGAGCCAAUGAUGCAAAAGACGUUGAAUUGUUAGCAUUCCCUAUCUUCCUCUUCCUUCUUUGUUCAACAUGUGCACUAUCGCCCCCUGAAGAACUGCUGUGGGCUAACACCGAUUUACAGUUUGAACGCUUCAUUGGGUAGUUUUGGUUUCCCUCUUGCAGCUGACUCAAGUCUCUCAAAUUGCACGAUGUAUCCUCAGCUAGAAGGAGUGCUAUACUUUUUUUGGAACUUUGCCCAUCAUCCACAAUCCUUAUGAGAGUCGAGAACACACACAAUAUUCCCUUUCUAUGCAUUUUAAAUAGUAAACAACUGUUAUUAAAGGCCUACUGAAACCCACUACUACCGACCACGCAGUCUGAUAGUUUAUAUAUCAAUGAUGAAAUAUUAACAUUGCAACACAUGCCAAUACGGCCUUUUUAGUUUACUAAAUUGCAAUUUUAAAUCGUCGUGUUGAAAACGUCGAGGUAUGAUGACCCGUAUGAUGACGCGUGCGUUUGACGUCUCGGGUUGUAGCGGACAUUAUUUUCCAGCCCGAUCCAGGCUAUAAGUAGUCUGCUUCAAUCGCAUAAUUAAACAUUAUUCUGGACAUCUGUGUUGCUGAAUAUUUUGCAAUUUGUUCAGUUAAUAAUGGAGAAGUCAAAGUAGAAAGAUGGAGGUGGGAAGCUUUUAGCCUUUAGCCACAUAAACACACGGUUUAAAAUUCCCGGAGGUGAAGCUUUACUAUGGAUCAGAGCGGUCAAACGAACAUGGAUCCCGACUACAUGUCAACCGGCAGUUUUCGGUGAGAAAAUUGUGGUAAUAAUCGGCUCUUACUGGAGAUCAGCAGAGCAUCUGUCCUGCUGCAUCUUCGCUACUUUCCUCAGAGACUCUGGCGUCAACACACCCGUGGCCACGCCCCUCCGACUUUAAGGUACUAUUUAACUCACUGAAACACUAGCAACACAAUAGGCAGAUAAGGGACUUCCCAGAAUUAUCCUAGUAGAUGUGUCUAAAAACAUCUGAAUCGCUCAGAAUCACAAUCAGCUUUUUUUUUUCUUUCUGGUCCUUCACUCUAAAUUUCUCCAUCAUGUUUUAAUAGUGUUUUAGUGAGAUUGUAAAGUCAUACCUGAAAGUCGGAUGGCUGCAGUAAACGCCAGUGUCCCUCAGAGAAGCCAAUGGAGGAGCCAAGAUCACAACUGCCUUUUUGACAGCUGCAGGAGGAAGUCGCGUAAUCCACUGAAGUCUCCGGUAAGAGCUGACUUAAUAUCACAAUUUUCCCAUCCGAAAACUUGCUGGUUGACGUACAGAAACAUGUUCGCUUGACCGCUCUGUGUUAAAGCCUCACAACAAAGAAACACCGGAUGUGUUUCGGUGCUAAAGGCAGCUGCAAUCCACCGCUUUCCACCAACAGUACUCUUCUUUAUAGUCUCCAUUAUUAAUUGAACAAAUUGCAAAAAGAUUCAGCAACACAGAUGUCCAAAAUACUGUGUAAUUAUGCGAUGAAAAGAGACGACUUUUAGCCGUGUGUGGUGCUGGGCUAAUAUGUCCGCUACAACCCGAGACGUCACAAACACACGUCAUCAUACGCGUCAUCAUUCCAUGACGUUUUCAACAAGAAACUCCUCGGGAAAUUUAAAAUUGUAAUUUAGUAAACUAAACUGGCCGUAUUGGCAUCUGUUGCAAUGUUAAGAUUUCAUCAUUGAUGUAUAAACUAUCAGACUGCGUGGUCGGUAGUAGUGGGUUUCAGUAGGCCUCUAAGGGGUGGCUAACAAAGCAGGCUCUGAUUGAUUGAUUGAAACUUUUAUUAGUAGAUUGCACAGUACAGUACAUAUUCUGCACAAUUGACCACUAAAUGGUAACACUCAAAUAAGUUUUUCAACUUGUUUAAGUCGUGGUCCUCGUUAAUCAAUUCAUGGUAAAAGGCAAUAGGGAUACCGUGUAUUCAACUUUUAAAGCCCAUCAAAAAACCUCCAACAAAGUUGUAUACAGUAUACAUGAAAAUAUUUAAGUUAUAUAGUAAUAGGCACAUGUAUUUAUACAUACAGUAUUUUGGUCAUUUUAAGCAUUACAAUGAAUUCUGUCCAAGGCGCAUUUAUUUCACAGAGUGCAUAGCAAUGUUAGCAUUCGUUGCUAUGCACUGUAUCAUGUAGUUUCAAAUAGGAACAUAUAACAGUGACUUCCGCUUUCAUUGGGAUGCCAAUUGAUGGGAUGGUUGUAUCUUUCAGCACUUGUGCUGUCCUUGAGCUUGAACAUUCAAUUAAUCCUCACUCCUCAGAUAAAAAAAAUGUUUGAAGUUGAGAGACAUAGUAUCGAGUUGGUAGAGAUUGGAUUUUCACAAAACGUUUACUAUACAUGUGAAACGUAUGAUUUAUAACCUAGCAUUAACAUUUUUUCUAACUCAAAAGUAAUACAGCAGCAGAAGAAGAAUUAGCUCCUUCUUCGCAGCCAACGUUAUUAGCAGCUCAAGCUAACUAGUAUAUAGUAGCUGGCUACUUGCUAUUGUGGUCGAAGGAGCAUUGUGCACAAGGCGAUGUGUCACUAUGCCAGAAAAGUAGUUCCUUGGUGUUAGCUCUUACAGCAGGGGUCGGGAACCUUUUUGGCUGAGUGAGCCAAGAAAGCCAAAUAUUUUAAAAUGUAUUUCUGUAAGAGCCAUAUAAUAUUUUUAUUAACACUGAACACAAAUAAACGCAUGCGUUUUUAAGUAAGACCAACAGGUCUCUUAUUCUUUGUAAUAACAUUGUUAUACUGAAGCUAACUGUGGAGGGGGGGGCGUAGCCUGCAGGCCUGCAGCGAAGCGGGGUGUUGCCAGGAUCGGCCUCGAAAUCAGCGACACGUGCGUAGACGGCCCACCUGUGCCUUGUAAUCUAAUCACCUGUCGCUCUGUUAUAAGCAGCAGCCAGGAGGAAAGACAGGGUUGGGGCUGGAGCCAGAGCGUGAGCGAGAAUUAAAGAGAAAAAGACAAUUGCUGUAAAGCAACUGAGAGACUAUUGAAAAAUAAAACAAUAUUGUAACCCUGAAACAGGCUCUCAUGUCGUUGCUUGGUGGUCUGAAGAACCCCCAGGAGGGCAAGCCCCACACUAACCAAUAAUAAAUAAAUAACUUCUUACCAUUAACGCAACUUCUUGAACAGGUGCGGUAGAAAACGGAUGGAUGGAUUAAAAAUGCAUGAGAAUGUUUUAUAUUUUGAACGUUAUUUUUAACACUGUGAUUACAGGUGGAAUUAUUCAUUACUUAUCGUGUUAAGCAAUGUUGGCUCAGAUUUAUCCGAGAGCCAGAUGCAGUCAUCAAAAGAGCCACAUCUGGCUCGCGAGCCUUAGGUUCCCUACCCCUGUCUUACAGUAACAAUGUAGCUGAUGCUUGGUCAAUAUGCAUGUGACAGCAUUUAAAUGGAGCCUUGUUGGUACUUUUGGAUGUUUUUUUUAGAGCGCUUUAUCAAUCAAUGUUUAUUUAUAUAGCCCUAAAUCACAGAGUAGAUUAAUCACAUUACCUGCAUUGUUAGCCGCCUCAAAUUACCAUUUUCCCCAAAAUUUAGAACGCACUGAAAUGAGAAAGACAUGUGUGUUCUUGUCUCACAGAGGGAUUGUGGAUGAUGCACAAAUAAAUAAAUAAAAAUGCUGUUCUCUUAAGAAAGAAGGCCGUGCAGAGAGCUCUUUAAGGACAAGGUGAGGAGGUUCAGCGGGAUUGCGGGCGAUACCGUCACAGAUAAGCCGGGUUGUCAAGCAGAGGAGAAAGGUCAGAAAGGUCAAGAAGAUACGCCAGCUGAAUAUUUUGGUGAUUAAGUAGCGGUUAUCGAUUAAACGUCAGCAUGGAA